AUGUUAAACUCUCUUUCCAAGUUUCCAAUUUCAAUCACUUGUUCUCAACUUCAAUCGGCGUCUCCCACAGAUAAAAGCUCCAUUCGCAUCGACGAACACGGUCACACCAAAACCAUGUCAAGCGGUCCACAUGGGCUCGGAGGAGGACACCGAACCGCUCAUCGGCUCAAGCUCGUAGAAGUCCACAUGGAUUCGGCGAGGGACGUUAAUGUCGUUACAAGAGAGUCUUAUGACGAUAGUACCCAGGGUGCGUAUUACGCGCCUCGUUUAGGUUUUGGUUCUGAUUCUGGUUACAGUUUAGCUCCCUGCGACUCAGCACAUUCUUCUGAAUAA